AUCGGCUCUCAUGCAGGCGACCGCACCGUAGUAGUUAUCCCUUGCUCCUGCUCCCUGCUCCCUGCUCCGCAGUCUUCAACCAAGCCGUCCUCAGCCGGAGUCGGAAAACCCUAAACAUUGACCUACUCGAUUCCUAUUUGAACUUUCGAAACCCUAGCCAGCUUCUCAGAUUCAUUCCUACAAGCCAGUCACUUCCGGAGCCAGCUCAGAUCAGUGCUCGGAUCAAACAAUUUUCUCGGCCUUCUCAUGGAAACCGGAGGUAGCAGUGAAAGUCCGGACGAGCCGAAGAAAGGCAAAUCGAAGACCCCGAGAAAGUCUAAAGAAAGCGCUCUCAAGCAGAAGUCUCCGGCGGAGUUCUUUGCGGAGAAUAAGAACAUUGCUGGAUUCGACAAUCCUGGGAAAUGCCUUUACACUACUGUGAGAGAACUUAUUGAGAAUUCGCUUGAUUCUGCUGAGUCUAUAUCUGAGCUACCCUUCGUGGAAAUAACCAUUGAAGAGAUAGGGAAAAGCAAGUUUAAUUCCAUGAUUGGUUUAGUUGAUCGGGAACGUAUUGACGAGGAGCUGUAUGAUGACUUUGAGACAGCUAAGGCUCGUGAGAAACGACUGGCGAAGGAAGCUCGUAAUCAAGAAAUCCAAGCAAAGAAUGCUGCACUUGGGAAGAAAUUCAAGGAGCCUUCAGCUCCAAAAGCCAUUAAGGGUCGAGGUGAGGCUUCGUUUUUCAGAGUGACUUGUAAGGAUAACGGAAGAGGAAUGGCACAUGAUGACAUACCAAAUAUGUUUGGGCGAGUUCUGUCUGGAACCAAAUAUGGCUUGAAGCAGACACGUGGGAAGUUUGGACUUGGUGCAAAAAUGGCAUUGAUCUGGUCCAAGAUGAGCACUGGGCUUCCUAUAGAGAUCUCGUCAUCAUUGAAGGGCCAAAACUAUAUUUCUUUUUGCAGGCUGGAUAUUGAUAUUCAUCGGAACAUUCCUAAUGUUCAUCUGCAUGAAAAACGGGACAAUAAGGAACAGUGGCAUGGAGCUGAAAUUCAAGUUGUUAUUGAAGGAAAUUGGACAACUUAUCGUUCGAAGAUAUUGCAUUAUAUGCGUCAAAUGGCAGUCAUCACCCCUUAUGCUCAAUUUCUUUUCAAAUAUGUAUCAGAUGCAUCUGAUAAAAAUGUCACCAUUAAAUUUUCUCGAAGAACAGAUAUAAUGCCUCCAGUUCCUCUCGAGACAAAGCACCAUCCUUCAGCUGUAGAUUUACUGCUCAUCAAACGCCUCAUUGCUGAAACUUCAAAACACAACCUUCUACAAUAUCUUCAGCAUGAAUUUGUAAAUAUAGGAAAAUCUUAUGCUGAACGCUUAAUUGGAGAAAUGGGUCCAGAUUUUAGCCCGAAAAUGGCUGUUAAAUCUCUCACCUCUCAGCAAAUAGUUCGCAUUCAUCAGCUGUUUCGUCAGGCUAAGUUUGAUGAUCCUAGUGGUGAUUGUCUUAGUCCUGCAGGGGAAUACAAUCUUCGUCUCGGAAUUAUAAAGGAGCUGCAUCCUGACAUGGUUGCAACUUACUCAGGCAGUGCUCAAGUUUUUGAAGGCCACCCAUUCAUUGUUGAAGCUGGAGUUAGUGUGGGUGGAAAAGAUGUUAAGCAAGGUCUGAAUAUUUUUCGGUUUGCAAAUCGAAUUCCACUGCUUUUUGAGCAAGGUGCCGAUGUUGUUACAAGGACUGCCUUAAAGAGAAUCAAUUGGAAUAGUUACAAGAUCAACCAGACACAAGAUAAAAUUGGCGUAUUUGUGAGCAUUGUAAGUACAAAGAUCCCCUUUAAAGGGACUGGAAAGGAAUAUAUUGGAGAUGAUAUAAGUGAGAUUGCUUCUGCUGUCAAGUCUGCCAUUCAACAGUGUUGCGUCCAGCUCAAAUCCAAAAUAGUGAGGAAAAUUCAAGCUCGUGAGCAGCAGGAGAGAAAAAGAAAUUUAAGCAAGUAUAUUCCUGAUGCUACAGGUGCCGUAUACAAUGUUUUGAGAGACAUGGCUGACUCGCAUGCAUCAAAGAAGAAACGGUACGAUGAUGAUGAUGCAGAAAUACUGAAGAAAGUGUCAGCUCGAUUGAUUACAAAAGACACCCUGAAGGAAAAACUUGCUCAACAUGUUGAAAAGGUGGACUAUGAGAUGGCACUGGAGUACGCUACACAGAGCGGAGUGAAAGAGGAACCCAGAGAAGAUAUAUACAUAGAGUCACUGCAAACUGAACAUAACUUUAUUGACUUUCAUAGCCCCCUCUUUGUUUUCAGGCUCAUCCAUUAAGAAUAUUUUCAUCCCAUAUUCAUUAAUGGCAUUUUCUAGUCCUGGCCUGAUAGACUAUAGAAAUUGAGAAUUUGUUAUUAUUAUACAGACAAUUUUAUUAUUGUAUUUUCCAUGCAUCGAAUAAAGAAAAUUCAAGAUCUGAAGCUGAAUGCAGGUCAGGUCAUUUGAUUUGAUUA